AUGAGGCCUGAGAUAGUCAUUACGAAACCAGAGGAUGUCAAGCGCUUUCAUAUCGAUUCCGUGACUCAUUGCAAGGCCCGGUCAAGCAACGGAGGCUGGUUGUUUCAUCAGCUGCUUGGGGACUGCAUGGGACUUAUCAAUGGACAGAGAUGGAAACGCAUCCGGGCCCAAUUUGACCCCUGGUUUGUCCAAAGUGCCAUUGCCCGACUCGCCGAUCAGCCGACGCAGUACGCCGCGGAUUAUAUUGAGAGACUGGAGAAAACGCUUAAUCCCGGGGAGAGCGGUUCCUUCAUAGUUCAUGCUGCCCAGACAUUCUCCCGCUUUCCGUUCAUGGCCAAUGCGGAAUACAUCUAUGGGCCGCUGGACGGCGACGAGAAAGAAGAGCUUUGGGUGCUCGGACAGCGAAGCCUGGCGAUGAUGGCUCACGUACUAUCCGGUGGAGUGCAUCGAUAUAAAAUCUACCGGUGGCUCAAGCCAGGGACAUACCGGCAGUUGGUUGAUUUCGAGCGUGAUUGGUCAUCGUUCAACGAACGAAUGUACCAUAAACAACGAUGCUCUGAUACCACCCACCCUAUUGUUCCAGUUUGGAAAGAAGUGUUCAACGGCAAUAUUCCAAAGAUGGAGCUAGUGCAGACUCUAAGCGAGAUCAUCUUUGCGAACCUCGACGUUUCGACUCAUAUCCUCACCUGGCUGAUCAUACUGCUGGCGGAGAACAGCGGCUGGCAAGCUCGACUGCGGGACGAAAUCACCGCAACAGAUUUGACGUUGCCGGAACUCUGUGCUCGAAAGGAUACACUAUUGCAUCAUUGCUUCUUAGAAUCUAUCCGACUCCGACCAUUCACCGUAUUCACCAUUCCUGCCAGCUCUCCUCAGAAGAAGGCUUUCGGGCAGUUCAUCAUUCCAGAGAACACGUGUGUAGUCGUGGACAACCUCGCACUCAGUCGCAACGGUGAAUUUUGGGGUGAAGACACCGAUGAAUUCAGGCCAGAUCGUUUCAAAAAUUUGUCGCCGACGGAGCUUCGCUACAACCUUUACACGUUCGGGUUUGGAACCCGGAAAUGCAUAGGCCAGCACUUCGGCGAAGCAAUAAUGAAACAAUUUGUUUGUUGUCUGCUCAGUCGCUAUGAGCUGAGGCUUCCGGAAACCGAGAAAGCCGCCAGUUCCGGGUACAAAAACGUCAAGAACACAUGGGUGCCUAUUUCUGAUGCGAGGCUUAUCUUGACACCGAGGCGGCCUGCGGAGUUGCUAGUUUAG